AAUAUCAAAAUUGUUUGUCAUGAAGUUCGAGUGGAUAAUAUAUCUGUAAAAAUAGACUCAACCGGUUUUCUUCUUCAAUGAAUUAUACAUAUCACAGAAAAACUAUCUUACUGUCUCGCAACGAAGGCAAAUUGAAAUCUUAUGACUCCUGUUUCGACUUGCGAGCUUGGAGUCAUGAUAUGAGUGCGCGCGAUCGCUAUCUGAGGGAAUGGAUGAAGUGCAAUAUGCCGCCCUGCCUGUUGCCUUUGUCCACUUUAAACAAUUUAUUAAACUCGAUGUCUUGCAGGAACAUAGGUCAAGUGACUCCACGUUGUCAUCCUGAUUGCAAAUCCAAAAGGAUUUUGGAAACUAUAUGUACGUCGUGUCAGGUUAUGAAGGACUGUCUCAAAAAUAGUGAAAAAAUGGAACAUUUCUUUGAGGAAGAGGAAUUACAAACGGGGCACUGGCCUUGCGACAAAUGCUUAAGUGCAUUAAAAAGUAUACGAACGUUUUGGAAAGUAAUUAUAUGUAAAAUUUUAAACAUUAAUACUGUUCCUAAAACUGAGGUUACAACAAGAGAACAUCGAAGCUCAACUGACUACAUUAACGGCGUAGCUAAAUCUUGGCAAAAGGACAUAAUGGAGCAGGCUGCUUAUGUCAGAAACCUAAUACCUUCAUUAAUGAAUAGCAGAUUAACUUGGAGAAGUCACAAGUGUGAAACACACGACGACAAUUUAUUAUAUUCGGAACAUGAUCCACAUGAAUUAGGUGAAAUGAAUUUGAAGCGUAAAAGGAGUAGAGUGAUAUGUAAAACUCAGACAUUCAAAGAAAAAACUACGGACUUUGCGGCCACAAGUACUGUGAAACUGCUAGAUAAUGGAUGUGAUCCUCUAAAUGAUGUUGAUGAAAAACUAAACAAUUACUUAACAACACUGCAAGACCAACUGGAAACACAAGCUAAUGAAGUGGAGGCACUGAAAAGAGAGAAUUUUUCCCUAAAAAGUAAAUUAUUGGAAGUCCGUAAACUGCAAUCACGAUUAUCGUUUCAUCGUCCAGCUAUUUUCAAUUCAGUCUGUGAUAGUAAUUAUGAUUUAAAACCUUUAGAUACAAGCUCCGAAGAGAAUUUUUCUACUGCUAUGCCAAAAGAUAAUAAUUCAGAAGUGAUGAUAACUGUCAAAAACUAUCGUACAGAGGAUUUCAAAAAUGUAUGUAUGUUACAAGUUGUUCAUAAAACCAAUAAGUCAACUGAAAAUUUUGCUGUAGAAGAGUUGCGUUGCUGCAGAAAACAAGAUCCGAUCGAAUUGCUAACAAAAGUGCAGAAAACAUUCGGACAAAUCGUAAGAAAAGAGAUAACCAUAGCAAAUAAAGAUCACAAAUGUGAUGAUCAACAAGACAUUAACGUGACUUUCAGAAAACAAAUUCUUUGA